AACCCGAAAAAACGUACGGGGGUUCAUUUAUAAAAAUUUCAAAAGCCAUAUUUUUUUUAAAAAUAGGUAUAUAUAUUCCAAUCUGAAGGUACUGUACACAGUUACAGACAGCACAGUGAUUAUUAUUCGGUAGACAUAAUCCAAGAAUGUUGAAGAGCAGGAAACUGGAAUUUUGCUGAAAAUCCAGAUUUGUUUUAAUAUAUCCAUUUCUUUAGCUUCGCCUUUUCAGAAAUCAUAAUAAUACUAACGUUGCUUUUACACGGGCCUGUACACUAUGUUUCACUGCGUAAUUCCUUGUGCCAGCAAUCUGCAGCGCCCAAUUCGUAUUUAUACGCCGAGCAAAGCUUCGUUCAGGAGACAAAGAAUCGUCAAUGGUACAAGAUGUGAUACACGGCAGGGGCCAUGCUCAAGCAGCCAAAAUUCACUUUUUACGACGGAUGCUAGCAAAUCGGCUGCAGUCGCCCGAUUUAAUAAAUUCACCAGGAAGUUGCAACUAUCGACGGCUAUCGACAAUUUCAAAAAACGAAAAAGCGUUCCACAUGUUUGCCAAAGAACCGAAGGAGAAUCGGCAAAAUCAUCUUCUGCCAACGUUGCUUCCACAGUCAGCGUCGCAAAAAAAGAUGCAGUCCAACGGAAAUCGACGUCGCUGUAUCGUCGAUUUUGCUACGGAUUUCCUACAAUAUCCCCAAAAACUAUUCAACGAGUAAUACAGUAUUGCCAACGAGUGGUUUGCACACAGGUAAACCUACACGAUGUAGUGAUUCAAAAGAGCAAUUUUCUUGGGCGAAGUUCAGUUAACAGCUCGCUCCGGCUGUUCGCACUAAAACGGGUUGUGAAAAAAGUCUUUCAAAUGCUGGUAUUACUUGAAUUUCAUCGAAACUGGUCAUCGCAGUACAAGCCGUCCUCAAUGGAAAUGCACUUAAACCAAGGAAAAUUAUUAUGGAGCUAUCGCCUUACUACAGCGCUUCGUAAUGCUUUGGAGGAAACGGGAGUCAUAGUGCAACGCGAGCGAACAACUGAAGAAAUGCAGAAAACCUGGACUAGCUGGAAAUGUUUUGGUAGUAAUUUUGAGCGGUUGGGAAUCGAUGUUGAAAAUCUGACACCGUUGUUUACUCUACAAGACUUGACCAAACAAGUGGCUGGUCUCCCUGAGAAACUUACGGAAAACGGUGCUUCCAUGGAGUUCUGGCUCCAAGUUGACCUGCCGCACGUGAGCCUUCCGGAACUCCGCGACAUUUACACAGAGUUAUCACCACUUUAUGACAAUUAUAUACCGGAUUACUUUGAAGAAGAUUACAUGCAGCGCAUGAAGCGAAAAGAGGAUAUUCUGAACGCAGCCCUGAAGCAACGAGACGUCCUCAAAGUUCGUCAAUUAUGCCGCUUGGGAUGUUGUGCGGCAAACCGCGAUGCCGCUUGGACAUUACUGUUGCGAGACAAAACAAUCGAGAAAACCCACUAUACAAAAUGCUUAGCGGAUUUUGUUCGAACGGAGACAUAUUUUGACCACCUGAUGACCAAGUCUGUUGUGGAUAUAAUUGGAAAUUCUGAUCAAUUUUUCAAUUUCAUUCAACUGACGCAUCAAGUAAUGCAACUGUUUCAACGAGACUGUGAUAUUUGCGAAAGAUUGUUGGAAUACGACAUUGAAAUACUGCAGAAAAUCCAUCCCUUCCAGCAUCAAUCUUGUGACGCCAUGGACAACGCAGCAAACACGAAUGAGUGCGAAUGUGACUCCCAUGACCUUUUCCCGCCCAGUCGCGUGUUGCCUUUUCAUGAAAUAUCGAUGUACGCAGCUCCGUUGGCAUAUGUAUUCCUUAAGCCUAGGCCGUGCUAUUUUGCUUUCCGGGAGUUAUACAUUCGACACUUCCACUACCUGAGCGAAUUGUCCACUCACCCUCAAAGCAUUCUUAGCCUGUACUGCCUCUUCGAACGAUUGCUGUAUGAACGAGAGUCUGAGUUGUGGGAACAUUUGAGAAAGACGAUAAAGGUCGAGCUAACAGAAUUUGUCGUGCCCUGGCUAACGAUGGCCUAUGCCGGCUUUAUAGAAGUAGACCAGCUUCUCUUGCUGUGGGAUCGAAUAAUUGGUUAUAAUGAUCUAAGAAUUCUGUCACUAUUAGCGUUGGGAAUUUUUAUGAUCAGGAAAUAUCCUUUGUUAAAGUCAAAGCAAGAGAAAGAGGUUGAGGCUGCGCUGUGUGACAUUUUGAAUGUAGAGAUCGUCCCGCUGCUUCAAAUGGUUUUGUUCAUUUAAAACAUGGUUGCAGACAGCAUUGUGCUUACAUUGCCGACAACAGUGCAGCGCUCGCUUAACGGACAUGGAAUACAACUACGUAUGCACAUCCGCGGCAUUCG